AUGUUAUCUUAUUAUCAACAAUAUGAAGAACAAAAACUUCAUUGUCAAAUGGAAUCGAUUUAUAAACAAAACUCUUUUUAUAAUAAUAAUAAUAAUAAUAAUAAAGAGUAUUUUAUAUCGUCAUCAUCAUCAUCAAUGUUGAUGUCAACAAAAAAUAAAUUAACAUCGAAAAAGAUGAGUAAUUCAAAUGAUGAUUCUUCAUCAUUUUGUCAUGCUAUGUACAUAACAGUUAAAAAACGUCGUACUACAUCUCCAUCUCAUCAAUCAUUUGAAGAUUCUCAAUGUCUUCAAUUACCUUAUAUUUGUUCGACUAUAUUAGCGACUUCAAAUUCACCUACAACGAAUUCUCUUUUGACUACUACUUUUACUGAACCAAAUAAUUCUAUUAUUAAAUCAACAAAUUUUACAAAUUCAAUACCAAUAUCUCGAGCUGAAAUACGUCAUAAAAGUGAAAUUGAAAUAGAAGUUAAACACGACAAACAACAACAACAACAACAACAACAAUUAAACCAUACAAUUAAGAAUAGUAUUUCGCCAAUACCAAAUUCAUCGUAUCCAACAGUAGUACGACCAACACCAUUAACAAAUAAACAAACAUCAAUAAUAAAUUCUGAUGAAAAUUCUUUAUCAUCACAAUAUCAAAUACCAAAACGUCGUAUUUUAACAAAUUCAAUACAAACUCAAACAUUACCAUUAUUAUUAAAUCAAUCAGAUCAUCAAAUACAACAACAAAAAUUUAAAGCAUUAACUGAUGAAACAUUAUCAAAAAAUGAAAAAAUUCAAGCACUUCUACGUGAACUCACCGAUUAUCAGGUAACAAUCAAACAGCAGGAACAACAAUUGGUGAACGGCAAGAAGGACCGCGAUCAAUUGUGCUUUAUUGUCGAUGAGCGUACGAACGAAUUACGUAAUCUGAAGCAAAAGAAUGAACAAUUGGAGCAAAUGAUAAGAAAUGAACAAGAACAUAGUAACAACGGAAAGAAACUUAUUUCUCUAUUACAAGAAUCUCAAGAAGAACGAGACGAAUUAUUAAAUAAAAAGCAACAAACUUAUGAACGUAUACAAAAAUUAGAAGAACAAAUAAAAAUUUAUGAAAGUGAUGCAACAAAAAUGCGUGAUCAAAUAUUAUGUUCAAAAAUAAAAUUAGAUAAAAAAAUUGAUGAAAAUCAAUGUUUAACAAAUAAAUUAACUGAUAUGAGUAAAUUUUGUGAUCGUCUUGAACAAGAAAAUCAAAAAUUAAAAUUACAAAUUGAACAUGAACAAAAAAAGAUUGACGAAUGUACAAAAUUAAAAACAUUUGUUGAUAUUGAAUUACAAAAUACUCUUGAUAAAAUUCGUAAUGAACGAUAUGAACAUGAAACAAAAGUAACUACAUUAGAUGAUGCAUUAAAAUAUGCUCAAAAACAAUAUCAAACAUUACAACAAAAUCAACAUAUUAUUGAAGAUAAACAUAAAAAAGAAAUUCAUGAAUUAAAACAUCAUAUUCAUGAAUUAGAAAUUAAAAUAGAAGAAGUUAUUAAAGAUAAAGCAUUAGUAUCAAUACGUUGUGGAGAAUUAAUCGAAGAAAAUCGUAAAUUAGAAAAAACUUUAAAUGAAAAAGAAGAUGAUUAUGAAGAAAAAAUUAAUUCCUAUAGAGAAAAAAAUUCUCUUUUAUCAACACAAAUUGAAGAUUUAGAAAAAAAAUUAAUUGAAACAAAAAAACAACUUGAAUUAAUAACAAUUGAAAAAGAUGAAACUUUAGCUGAUAUGUUAAUUGCUGUACGUGUUGCAAGUGAAAUGAGAUAUGAUGCAGAAGAUCGUUUAAAUAAAGUUAAUGAUGAUCUCAAACGAGUUACAGAACAUAUUGAACAAGAACGUGCACUUAAUAAAGAAGUUCAACGAAGACAGAUGCAAUUACCACCAAUAAAUCGGAAUGGUAAUGGAUUCUGUGAAAGUGGUCAUGUAAGAAUAAAAGAAAUGAUUCGAACAUUAGAAGCUAAUUCUCGAAAAAAUUCAUUCAAUACAUUGAAUAAUCACAUGGAUUCUAUAAGUCGUCAACGUCCAUUAUCUCAACCAUGUACACGCACAGAAACUAAUGCUAUAUUAACAAAUAAUCAUAAUCGACAAUUUGGUACAACAACUGAUGAUGCAAAAAUUUUAUCAUCAACAAAAAAUAAUUCUCCAUCAUUUAAUAAUAGUCAUCGAUCUGAUAUAUCAAUUCGAUCAAUAACAAAUGAACAAUAUGAUGAAAUGAAAUCAAUAAUUGAAGCUGUUUUUGCUCGAAUGCCUGGAACAGUUUGUAAACGUGAUGCUUUAUUAAAAUGGUGUGUAGAAAAAUUAACAAAUUAUAAAAUAUCAAUAACAAAUUUUUCAAAUUCUUGGACAGAUGGUAUUGCAUUUUGUUCAUUGUUACAUUCAUAUUUACCUGAUCGUAUUGAUCUUGAUAUGAUUAAAAAAGAAUCAAAAAAAAAUCGUUUUGAAAUUGCUUUUAAUAUUGCUAGUAGUAUUGGAAUUGUAUCUAUAUUAGAUGUUGAUGAAAUGUGUUCAUCAGAAUGGCCUGAUUGGGAACGUGUUAUGUAUUAUGUUGCAUUAAUAUUUCGUCAUUUCGAAUGUUCAACAUCAAAUCAAACAAUUUCACCAAUAUUACCAAUUCCACAAGCAUCAUCAUCACCAAUGUCACCAACAUUUACAACUUCAUCAUCAUCACCUAUAUGUAUAUCAUUACGAUCAUCAAAUUCAAUUCCAACAAUACUUUGUUCACCAUUACAAACUGUAUAA